AUGUGCCCCCCAACCGCACGGACACGGUUCACCCUCUUCACGGCAGAGCCCGGAUUCUGGACACGGACCUCGCAGGGAAACGGUCACCGGCCCCCAUCCCGGCCCCCGCACCCCGGGGGCCCCCCGGGGGCCCCCUCAGAGGAGGAGCAGGAGCUGUGUUACGCCUCCCUCAGUAUCUCCAAGGGGACCCCCAGGACCCAUCAAGGCCAGGAGGCCUCUGUGUACUCUGAGGUGGCGCUGUCUGCAGCUGAUUGUCUCUGUCCGGGCUGCGGCUGGGGAGCUCCGGUAGGGGGGCGUCGGGGCCAGGGAUGCUGCUCAACCUCCCAAGUGCACAGGACAGCCCCUGCCCCCCAGGAAUUGCCUGGCUCAAAAUCCAGUGGCACCGACCGAGAUGGAGACAUCUGUGGGUCGCAGGCUCCGUCCCCCGAAUACCAGCUGAAAGUCCCGAGGGUGGUGACGGUGCCACAGGGCCUGUGUGUGCGGGUGAGCUGCGACCUGCGGUACCCCCAGCAAGGCUGGACGGAGUCCACGCCCGCGCAGGGCUACUGGUUCAGAUACACAGAGUCCCUUCAGUGGGACUACAAGACCCUGGUGGCCACAAACGACCCGGCUCAACAAUGGAGGACCCAGUACCGAUUCCAGCUGGUGGGUGAACCCCAGAAUUUUGACUGCUCCCUGCUGGUCAGGGAGGCGCAGCUGGAGGACAGCGCUGUGUACUUUUUCCGCCUGGAGAGAGGCACCCACGUGAAGUACAGCUUCUUGGACUUCAGGCUCAGGCUGGAAGUGACAGAGCAGAUCCCCAAGCCGGCCCUCUACAUGCCGGAGACCCUGGAGCCUGGGCACCAGGUGCCCAUCGUCUGUGUCUUCAACUGGACUUUCGAGGGAUGCCCAGGCUUUCCUUUCUCCUGGAGGGGAAGCCCUGCCCUCUCCGCCCCAAGGACCUCCCACAGUUACCCCCAAUUCUCCGUGCUCACCCUCACCCCAAGGCUCCAGGACCACAACACAGCCCUCACCUGUCAAGUGGACUUCACCGGGGUGAGCACGGAGAGGACUGUCCAGCUCCAUGUGGCCCACGCCCCCAGAACCUUGACUAUCAGCAUCUCCCAGGCCAACACCUCAGCCCCAGAGCGCCACCCCCAGGGCUCGUGGGAGCAGCGCCUGGAUGUGCGGAAAGGCCAGUUCCUGCAGCUGCUUUGCGCAGCCAAUGGCUGGCCGCCCGCCACCCUGAGCUGGGCCCUGGGGGACAGAGUCCUCGCCUGGUCACCUCCCUCGGGCUCCAGGGCCCUGGCGCUGGUGCUGCCCCAGGUGAAGGCAGAGGACGCGGGGAGAUACACCUGCCGCGCGGAGAACAGGCUGGGCGCCGGGAGCCGCCAGCUGGACCUGGCCGUGCAGUAUGGCCCAGAGGACCUGAGGAUCAUGGUCUCCCCAGCAAACAGGACAGACCCCCCGCGGCUGCUGGGCCCCUCCUGCUCCCCCGAGGACGACGGGGGUCUGCUCUGCCUCUGCUCCGCCCGCGCCCGACCGGCCCCCGCCCUGCGCUGGCGGCUGGGGGAGCAGCUGCUGGCGGGGAACAGCAGCAACGCCUCGGUGGGGGUCACCUUCAGCCCCGGGGGGCUCUGGGCCAACAGCUCCCUGCGCCUCCGCGGGGGGCUCGGCGCCGCCCUCAGACUCUGCUGCGAGGCCCAGAAUCCUCACGGCACCGGGAGCACCACCCUCCUGCUGCAGCCAGAUGAGAAGGGGCUCCUCUCAAAAACCUUCUCCCACGGAAUACUUCUGGGAAUUGGUGUCAUGACCCUGCUCUUCGGCCUCAUCCUGAUCCUUGUGAGGACUCUAAGGAAGAAAGGACCCCCCGCAGACAGAGUCACAAGGAGGAGCACUAUCUUGGAUUAUAUCAAUGUGAUCCCCCGUGCAGGUCCCCUAGCACGGAGUCGGAGGCCCAAACCAAGCGGGCCUUCCCAGCCUCCUCCACCAAGCGCUGUCUCCCCAGAAUCCAAGGGGAACCAAGAGUUGCAUUUCAUUGCACACAGCCGUCCGGGACCCAGAUCACCCAUUCAGGCCCCAGAGGCAGACCCUAAGCAAGAGGAGGUCCAUUAUGCCACACUCAACUUCCCGGGGCUCAGGCCCCGGGACACGCCGGCGCCCAGGACUAGCAACUCGGAGUAUGCAGAAGUCAGGUUCCACUGAGGACGGCGGGCUGUAGGAGAGGGGGAGACAGAGGCAAAGUCUCCCCUGAAAGAUUAUCCAAGGUGCUCACAACCCAGGCUGUGGGGACUGCUGGACAAAUGUCUUCAGAGUGCCCUUCUCCAAACGCACAGUUCUGGGAACAGCAGAGCAGGGAGGGGGGUCUUAAGAGUGGGCCCCUUGGUGGAUGUGGGGUGCUAACCCCUCGGUCAAGGCUGGUGCUGCCUGCUAUCACCCACCCCACAGGCUGAGGGCAUUUCGUGUGUUAAAUGGCGGUGGGGUGGUGUUAACAGGCUCUGGAGUCAUGUGGAAAACACAAGACAUUCAGACCUCAGUGCCCAGAAUAAACUCUCAGGGGGCUCC